AUGGAGAACUUGUUUCGCCUAGUCGAUCACGAUCACGAUCACGAACAAGACUCAAUCUCACCUCGUUGCAUUUGGGUUAAUGGUCCUAUAAUCAUAGGAGCAGGACCAUCAGGUUUAGCAACAGCAGCGUGUCUUAAACAACAAGGAGUACCCUUCAUGAUACUCGAAAGAUCAAACUGCAUAGCUUCCCUAUGGCAAAACAGAACCUAUGACAGACUCAAACUUCACCUCCCUAAACAAUUCUGUCAACUACCUAACUUCCCAUUCCCCCAUGACUUCCCUGAAUAUCCAACCAAGAAACAGUUCAUAAACUACCUCCAAUCAUACACUAAACACUUCCAAAUCAACCCGCGCUUCAACGUGUCUGUUUUGUCUGCUCAAUACGACGACACUACUGGAUUAUGGAGAGUUAAAACUAUAACUGUUUCAAAUCAAAAUCAAGUUGAGUAUAUUUGUAGGUGGCUUGUUGUUGCUACUGGCGAAAAUGCAGAGCGUGUGGUGCCUGAUAUUCAAGGCUUGCGUGAAUUCAAUGGCCAAGUUAUUCAUGCCUGUGAUUAUAAAUCCGGUCAAGGUUUUCAAGGGAAGAAAGUUUUGGUUGUUGGUUGUGGUAAUUCUGGAAUGGAACUCGCACUUGAUCUUUGCAAUUAUAAUGCUUCACCCUCUAUUGUUCUUCGUAGCUCCGUUCAUGUGUUACCUAGAGAAAUGUUGGGGAGAUCGACAUUUGAAUUGGCAGUUAUGAUGAUGAAAUGGUUACCUAUUUGGUUUGUUGACAAGAUUUUGUUGAUGAUGGCUUGGUUGGUUUUUGGUAAUAUAGAAAAGUAUGGGAUUAAGAGGCCAUUGGAGGGUCCUUUGGAGCUCAAGAAUACAAGGGGUAAAACACCUGUUUUGGAUAUUGGUACCUUGGGGAAAAUUAGAUCUGGGGAUAUAAAAGUAGUUCCUGGAAUUAAGAGUUUUAGUCAUGGUUUUGUUGAGCUUGUUAAUGGUAAAAAGAUUCAAGUUGAUGCUGUUGUUCUUGCUACUGGUUAUAGGAGCAAUGUUCCUUCUUGGCUUAAGGAAGGUGAGUUUUUCUCAAAGAAUGGAUUUCCAAAGUCUCCAUUUCCAAAUGGUUGGAAAGGAAAUGUUGGACUUUAUGCAGUUGGGUUUACAAAGAGAGGGCUCUCAGGCUCAUCAUAUGAUGCUAUGAAAAUUGCUCAAGAUAUUGGUCAAGUUUGGAAACAAGAAACUAAGCAACAAAAGAAACAACGCAUUAAUGGUUGUUAUAGACGUUGCAUUUCACAAUUCUAA